UUACUCUAGAUAUUUUACUAGCUAAAUACAAGGAAAAUACAUUGUAUACGUAAAAUUAUUAUGGUAAUAUGACUAAAAAUAUUUCUAAAAGUUUGCUUGAAAAUUAAAGUCUGUCUUUUGAAAUGGGCCGUAAGGGAGAGACCCAAGUAAAACCCUCCCACGAAGAAAAAAAAACCCCGCCUCCCCUUCUCCCUCGCUACAAUCAUCCAUGGCGGCUCCGCCGGCAGCCGCAAACCCCAACCCUAACCGCAAUCUGAAGCGGAAGCCAAAGCCAAAGCCGAAAGCAGCCGGCCCCUCCGCCCUAAACCCUAACUGGGCGCAGCUCCAGUCCAAGCUCCCCCACCGCCCCGCAGCCACCCGCCUCGGCAAGCGCAAGGACCGGGCCGGCCCUCCUCCACCGCCCGAGACUGCGGAGCAGUCUUCUACCACGGAUGCUGCGGCGGGUGAACCGGAGGUCAAGCUCGAGCCGACCUCCGACGACACCAGCUUGACGAAGGUGGUGGCGGUGGACUGCGAGAUGGUCGGAGUAGGCGCCGGCGGCAGCAAGAGCGCCCUCGGCAGGGUCACCUUGGUUAAUUCCUUUGGAAAUGUUGUAUAUGAUGAAUAUGUUCGAACAGUUGAGAGAAUAGUGGAUUACCGUACCCGUAUCAGUGGGAUUAGACCUAAGCACAUGAAUAAAGCCAAAGAAUUCUGGAUUGUGCAGAAGGAAGUAGCUGAGCUGAUUAAAGGCAGAGUUCUUGUUGGGCAUGCAUUGCACAAUGAUCUUAAGGUCUUGCUACUAAGCCACCCAAAGAAGGACAUAAGGGAUACCUCAGAAUAUGAGAUUUUCCGAAGGGAGGGAAAGAGGCGAUCGUUGAAGGAUCUUGCUGCUCAAGUGCUUGGGGCUAAAAUACAGCAGAAUGAACACUGCCCUAUUGAGGAUGCCCGAGCCGUGAUGUUCAUUUACAACAAGCACAAGAAAGCAUGGGAGAAGAACAUGAAAGAACAAUUCAGGUUCAAAAAGAAGCUCAAGAAGCGUGGCAAGAAGAGAUCUGCUGACUCCAAUGGGAAUGACCCCAAUGUCCCCACUGUUUUUCUAUAGGGACUAGAAAAGGAAACCUGGGAGCCUGUGCAAACCGUUUCCCUACUUGACAUGAAUUUGACUAUGGCAAAGGGUAUGGAUAUGAUAAAUCCUAGUGGAAAUUUGUCUCAAGUCAGUAUGCUAAGUCAAAAUCGCAGCUGAACCAUGAACUUCCAGAGAAUACUUGAUGAUGUCGUGAUUCCAUAUGUUGCUUCAUAAUUCUGUGUAGCAUUUGCCCCAGGGAAAAAAAAAAUUGCAAUGAAAAUUUGUACUUCAACAUUCAUGUAAUGCAGUGUAAGUUCACACUACAUUCAUGUAUUGUAACAAACAUUUUCACCAUCAACUGAAAAAUGUAACAGGUGAUAAGAUUGGGUUA